UAAACACUUCCGGUUUGCUCUACCACUUGCCUUUCCACCGGAGCGGCUGGUGUGAGCCGACAUCAUAGGAGUGAAUACCACGUAGACUAUUGGCUAAAAAAAGACAUUAAGAUGCCACCAAAAAAGGCAGAAGCCCCCAAAGAGCCUACAUUGAUUGGACGAUUUGGAACCUCCCUUAAGAUUGGAAUCGUGGGGUUACCUAAUGUUGGGAAAUCCACCUUUUUCAAUGUGCUGACCAAGAGCCAAGCCGCUGCAGAGAACUUCCCGUUCUGCACAAUUGACCCAAAUGAGAGCAGGGUACCUGUGCCCGAUGAGCGCUAUGAUUUCCUCUGCCAAUACCACAAACCACUCAGUAAGGUUCCAGCUUUUCUAAGUGUGGUUGACAUUGCUGGUCUGGUGAAGGGAGCUCACGCAGGACAGGGACUUGGAAACGCCUUUCUGUCCCAUAUCAGUGCCUGUGACGGCAUCUUCCACAUGACCCGUGCGUUUGAUGAUGAGGAUAUUAUCCACGUGGAGGGUAACGUUGACCCAGUGAGGGACAUUGAGAUCAUCCACGAAGAGCUGCGACUAAAGGACGAGGAAAUGAUUGCUCCAAUCCUUGACAAACUGGAGAAAACUGCAGUCAGAGGAAGUGACAAAAAACUCAAACCUGAAUAUGAUAUCAUGUUGAAGGUGAAGAACUGGAUAAUAGAUGAGAAGAAACACGUCAGAUUUUACCCUGACUGGAACGAGAAAGAGAUUGAGGUGUUGAACAAAUACCUGUUCCUGACAUCCAAGCCCAUGAUCUACCUGGUUAAUCUCUCGGAGAAGGAUUACAUCAGGAAAAAAAACAAGUGGUUGGCAAAAAUCAAGGAGUGGGUAGACGCUCAUGACCCCGGUGCUCUGGUCAUUCCCGUGAGUGGAUCUAUUGAGUCCAAACUGCAGGAAAUGGAUGAAGAGGAGAUGAAAAAGUACUGCGAGGAAAUGAAGACGCAGAGUGUUCUGACCAAAAUAAUCAAAACCGGCUACGCAACACUACAGCUGGAAUACUUCUUCACCGCAGGACCAGAUGAGGUGCGAGCAUGGACCAUCAGGAAAGGGACCAAGGCUCCUCAAGCUGCAGGAAAGAUCCACACCGACUUUGAGAAAGGCUUCAUCAUGGCCGAGGUGAUGAAGUACAAUGACUUCAAAGAGGAGGGCAGUGAAAAUGCCGCCAAGUCAGCUGGGAAAUACAGGCAGCUGGGCAGGAACUACACGGUGGACGACGGCGACAUCAUCUUUUUCAAAUUCAACACACCCAAUGCACCCAAGAAGAAACCAUGAGACCACCACACGCACAACAGAGGGAGAACUCAGAAUACUUUUAAGUUUGGCUUCAAAGAGCAACACUGUCUGCUGGUUUUCAUUCUUCUCUUUUAAAUUCAGAGGAUCAGCUCAUGGCCCGGUUGGCCAGAGGCAUUUAAUCAACUGGCCUCAAAGGUCUGAAUCUUUUGGAAUUAUUUUAUAUAAUAACAUUUCUAUAGAAGCACAGCAUACACCCCUACCUAACAUAUUUGGCACCUAAUGUACCAGUCGAAUAUUUUUACAAACAUGAUAAACUCGCUUUCAUGGUCCCAACGCAGAACAGGUAUAAUUGAACCGAGAAAUGUAUCAUUUUUUAUUUUACUGGGAAAUAGCCUCUUAAACUGUAACAUCAGAUGAUCAGAGCUCAUCCCCUUUUCUAGAUGCUUUUUGUAGCGAAUCUUAAGUUUUUUUUGUUGUUGAAUUGUAUCUUUAAGACAAUAUUUUGAUCCCUUUCAACAAUAAACGCUUGACUUUCUGUCAUAAUUCGUCAAUUUACUACAUGAAGAAUUGAUUGGCGAGCCCUCACAUCAUAUUGACACUCUUUAUAAGCGCUUUAUUACAACACAGCGUGAUCAUCUGAAAAUAAGCUCAUAUAUCAUACAAAGGUAAUAAACAGUGCCACCAUAAGUGAUGGUCAUAUAUACAGCAUGUGUUGUUUGGUACAGGUGCCUAAUCAGCAUUUAUUAAGUAAAGGCUAUCUUAAUUGAGUUUCUGUGUUUUUCCCUAGAAUAAAAAUACAUUUUCUUAGUUAAUGUAUGCCUUUUUACCAAUUCAGCUGUGAUACGUUAAUGCUAUUCACAAUUAAAUCAUAAUUCAUUAUUCAAUUAUGCUAAAAACUGUACAUGGUGUCUAUAAACGUUUUACUGGUGCUGUGUUGACUAUUAAGAGAAAAUGAAAGCCAUCGCUCAGUGUGGCACUUGAGGACAGAGCUUAGCUGUAUUCGGAGGGGGAAGAAUGUUAUUCAUUUAGAAAGAGCAAAGCAGGCAUCCCUGACACUGCAGGAUGAGAAACCCGAAUGGAUACUUUUGUUAUACACUGCUUUCAUUGACUUUGGUUUGGGCUGGUAAAAAAUAACGAUUGCAUUGACAUUAUGAACUCCACCCUGUGUCGUGAGAUAAGACUGCGGAUCAUUGGACUGUUCAGCUUCAUAAUGCUUCUUGUUUCACCUCACUGCCUCAUCAGUGUGAAUGUCUUUAUUUAACACCUUGUGGAACCUAAGUGAGCCAAGAUAUAAUAAAUGUCAUCCUCAUUAAUAUGCAUGUGUCAAUAAAAGGAGACAAACCUGUCA